AUGUCGUUGAGAACACUCGGAUUGAACUCUACCUUCAGCCGUAUUUUUGCAAAGUCUGCUGAUGUGGCAAAAUCACUGCAAACCGUUCUUGAUUUCCGCAAGUAUCCCGAACAGUCAUUGUCCAAGAUCAUGACUCGCUGUGACAAGGAGAUGGGCGGCUUUUCUUCGGUCCACUUCGAUAUGGACCCCGAGUCCAACGCAGGACACUUCCACGGCUACUUGAACUUGGACUUGCCCAAAAACAACCCCGAGAUCACCAGAUCAGGCUAUGCCAUGUUUAGAACAAAAGACCAAAAGGAAUCCUGGCUCUCAGGAGACUCCUACUGGGACUGGUCUGAAUUCAGUCUGUUGGUUUUGCGUGUGAAAGGUGAUCGCAGAAAAUACUUGGUGAACCUCCAAGCAAACACUCCUUUGGUGACAGACUUAUUCCAGCACAGAUUGUUCUUGCAUCACCCGGGUGAGUGGGAAACUGUGGUUAUUCCAUUGGAUGACUUUGUCAUGACCAAUUGGGGUGUCAUACAAGAUAACAGUGAAUUGAACAAAGCAGAAGUCAAGACAGUUGGUAUUGGCUUGUUGGAUAAGCAGUAUGGCCCAUAUUCUUUGAAGAUUGACUGGAUCAAAGUGAUGACAGGUGCCGAGGUGGAAAAAGUGGCAAAGAAGUCCAGAAUUGAACGUUUAGCCUUGGAACAAAGAGCCGAGGCCCAGGAUCAUAAAGAUGUUGAAACCAACAUGCCUACGGGCAAUGGUGGUUCUGCACUCAACACACACAAGUUCGAGGAGCCAAAAAACACAGUUGUCUGA